GGCUUUGACUUCCGCGCGUUGCUAGCAAGUGAUGGCUUCAGCCGCUGAUUCAAUCACAAGCAUGGCGAACUGUGAACCGGUUGCUCUACCCGGUUCAUGCGCUCUCGUGGAUCUUAUUAUGGUUGUCGUCGACCGCGCAACCUGUUGUGGCUGAAGGAAGUCGCCAGAGCAGAGGAAGAGUAUUUGAGCAGCCCGUCGCCGUCGCCGUAACCCUCCCAGGUCAUCGAAUCAACACAGACUAGAACACAACAAACAAGCAACUACCACACUCGCUCAAGAUGCACAGCAAGUUCGCGCUCAUUGCUGCUUUCAGCAUUGCCGCUGCCGGCCUCGUCAGCUCAGAGCCACUCGACAGGUCGCUCAUGAUUGAGCGUCGUGAGGCGGCACUGGGAAGUCCAUGGGUGCCCGCCACUUUCAAACGCCAGGACGAUUCUGCAAAUACUCCUGACGAUACAGACGAUGAGGAGACCCCAGAUACACCAGACACCGAUACUCCAGACUCGGACGAUGAUGGGGCAGCUCCUGCGCCCGUGCCUGGCACUGAGCCCACGCCAACGCCAGCGCCGGGAACUGGGGAGGAUUUAGAUGACCAGGACGAUGGAACAGAGGAUGGAGACGAUGAUACCGAUGAUGACACUGUGGUAGCACCCGUGCCAGUGCCUGGUCAAGGUGGCACGACCACUUCCACAUCCCUGACCACCGUGACCCCUUCUGCCACUACCCCAGCUCCGGCACCAGGUCAGACUGGCGAUGAUGAUGAUCAGAACUCGACUUCUACACCAAUGCAAGCCACUGGCGCUGGAGCGAUGGCAACUCCCAUGGCUGGUGUUGCUAUUCUGGCCGCCCUUCUCGCUGUUUAAUGGCAGCGAAAAGGGGUUUCAACGAGAGAGUGCUGAGCAAUGACGAGGAGUGGUUACGGCUGCACGACAAAGUGCUUUACUGUCCUUACUUACGACUGCGAUGAGAAACACGAACGGUACUGUAUUCUGACAGGAAUAGCUGCGAAGAUGUUGUUAAUGAUUUAUGCUCACAAUAAACCCAAGAAUGUCGGAACAGGCUCGCAUUUGC